AUGGCACCCAAAUCCAUCCCAUUCUCGGUCCUCGCCCUCUUCCUUUUUGCUUGCCGAUCCUUCCUUGCGUGUGCAAGUCCCAUCCCCAUCAUUCUUCCACCCAGUGAGGGCAUCGCUCUUUUCAAGGAUGUCGUUGCUCGCGAGGCUUUGCUCGAGGUUGAUUUAUUGAGACGCGAGCCUGCUCUGCUUUUGGAGCUGCAUGAAGCCGCCGCCGCCUUGGUACGAGACGAAGACGGAGGACCCAUCGCGGAACCCUCCGUACUCCUCGAUGAUCCUGACAAUGGUCUGGAGGCCCGUAUAUGUCGUUAUGGAUGCCUAUAA